AGGCUGCAGGACCCUGAUAGAGGUCGGCACGAAGGGAUGACAGUCGUCGAGGAAGUCUCUCGGACGUUGUCAACGAGGAACCCCCCGAGCGCGAUGGAGUCGCCGACCUGGUGCACUCGCAGACUAGGUGGUAGCUCGUCAGCUAUCGAGGAGUCGAGCUCGUCGCGUCUCUCGAUCGCGAGCAACCCCGUGAACGAUCGUUCUUCCGAAACCGACACCACCCCAUGCCUGGCUGACACCAGCGCGGACGCCAGCUCCGCGUCCUGUCACUGCCAUUGCUCGUCAGGCUGCGUCGCCACGCGUUCUCACUCUUGGUCGAGUCGCCUAAACAGAAGCAACGUUUGCGACCUCUGCGAACGCCUUCGCGGAAGAAGCCGCAACUGCUCGACGCUCGACGGAACGGCCGAGGAAGGACGCUUCGAUCGGGCCCCGAGACGCGAGCAACGACGCCCUCUGGUCCCUCACGCGGACCACGCUGUCGCUACCUCCAGGAUAACGGAGUGCGACAGGUUGAGGCCUGACGCGUCCUCCAGCAGCUACGUCUCCAGCGUCGUGCGGUGGAUCUCGAGGCUGGAGAGAUCGAUCCGCUGGACCAGGCAGAAGCAGUUCGCCUGGAUGAUUUUGUUCCUAUUGGUACUCGUGUUCCCCGCUUCCGCGGACCUGCAAAAGGGAACGUCAAGUGGUUCCUCCAAAGAAGAGGGUGUGUGCCAAAGCAUAGACAUAAGAAACAGCGUGCGUCAUUUCUCAAGACUGAAGGGAUGCCGACUAGUCCAAGGCUUCGUACAAAUUUUGCUGAUCGACAACGCCGAGCCGUCGGAGUAUGCCAACGUCUCUUUCCCGGAGCUGAAAGAGAUCACCGGAUACCUGCUGCUGUAUAGGGUAAAAGGGUUGCGAAGCAUCGGUCGCCUGUUCCCUAACCUGACCGUGAUUCGAGGCCAUUCUCUGUUCAUCAACUACGCCCUGGUCGCGUUCGAGAUGAUGAACCUGCAGGAGAUCGGGCUGCACCAUCUCACAACCAUCGUCAGAGGCUCCGUCCGCUUCGAGAAGAACCCCACGCUCUGCUACGUUGACACGAUCGACUGGGACCUGAUCGCCAAGGCUGGAAAAGGAGAACACGUGAUAGCGGCGAAUAAUCGGAAGAACGGAUGCCCGGUGUGCGAGAAGCGCUGCCCGCAGAGGUCGACCAAAUCGGACGAAUACCUGUGCUGGAACCAGCAACACUGCCAACGAAUCUGCGACCGAAAGUGCGAGAACAACGCCUGCUACGAAUCGGAACUGGAGAGAUGCUGCCAUCCGUCGUGCCUGGGGACCUGCACCGGGCCGACUAACCGUGACUGCGCGGUGUGCAAGGACCUGGCAACGGACGGCUUCGAGUGCAGAGAGCGAUGUCCGAACGGCACCUUGGAGUUCAUGAACCAUCGAUGCAUCGACGAGGAGAGGUGCCUGCGGAUGGAGAAGCCGCGAGAGGUGUUCUACGUGUCCAACUAUCCGCACAAGCCAUUCAACGGGAGCUGCAUAAUGGAGUGCCCGCCAGGUUACAUGGACGAGGAAUCGAACGGCAAGAUCUCGUGCAAGAAGUGCGAGGGACGAUGUCAGAAGGAAUGCGCCGGGACGAACGUGGACAGCAUCGCCUCGGCUCAGAAACUCCGCGGAUGCACGCACAUCACGGGUAGCCUGGAGAUUCAGAUACGAGGCGGCAAGAACAUCGUGAAGGAGCUGGAGGACAGCCUGAGUGCCAUAGAGGAGAUCGACGGCUACCUGAAGAUCGUGCGCAGCUUCCCGCUGAUCUCUCUCAACUUCCUCAAGAACCUGCGCAUCAUCCGUGGCAACGACAUCGACAACUCCAAGUACUCUCUGCUGGUGAUGGAUAACCAGAACCUGCAGGAGCUCUGGGACUGGAGCUUGCACAAGGACAUCAAGAUCCAGUCAAGGGACGGACCUGGGAAGAUCUUCUUCCAUCUGAACCCGAAGCUGUGCCUCUACAAAAUCGAGAUGCUGCGAAAGAAGGCUGGCUUGGGACCGUUCACGGACUACGAGGUGGCGCCGAACAGCAACGGCGACAAGGUCGCCUGUAACGUGACCGAGCUGAAGACCAGGGUGGGCAAGAAGUCUCCGUGGGGCGCGGUGAUCGAAUGGGAGCCGUUCGUCCAUCACGACGCGAGGUCUCUCCUAGGCUACGUGGUGUACUUCAUCGAGGCACCGAACAAGAACGUGACGAUGUACGACGGCAGAGACGCCUGCGGUGGCGACGGCUGGAAGGUGGACGACGUCUCCGCGAGCACCAACACCACCCAGGUGGAGAGCGGCGGCAAGUUCGGGACCGGCCGACAGGAGAAGAACGUGCACACGCACUACUUGUCUCAGCUGAAGCCCUACACGCAGUACGCUUAUUACGUGAAGACUUACACGAUUGCGACGGAGAGGUCCGGCGCGCAGAGCAAUUUAACGUACUUCAGAACGAUGCCGGAAGCACCCAGCGCGCCCAGGUCUCUUACCACUCGAAGUAACUCGAGCAGCGAGCUGAUCAUGUCCUGGCUGCCUCCUCUUCACAAGAACGGAAACCUCACGUACUAUCGGAUCUAUGGCCGAUGGGAGCGGGAUGACGCCAACUUCAUCGAUCAGAGGAACUACUGCGAGGAACCCAUGCUGCUGCCGGACAAGAAAGCCAUCUCGAUCGCGGAGGAGGAGAGGAAGCGGAUCGAAGAGGAGAAGGAGCAGAUGAUGCCCGAGACCGGGACUUGCGAUUGCGCUGAUCGGGAAACGGACCAGUCCCUGCGAGAGAAGGAAGCAUCCAGCGCGAUCGCUUUCGAGGACGCUUUGCACAACCAGGUGUACGUGAAGCGGAAACCGAGGAGAAAACGCGACGUCUCGGACAUGUCGUUCGGCUCGUCCAGGAAGACCAAGGCAGCGGACCGAGAUCAGCCUAUGGAGAAGAUCGAGAACGGAGUGUACACGGCGUUCGAGCAGAUGGUACCCAGCACGAACCUCUCCUUCGUGAUGAAGAACCUGCACCACUUCGCGGCGUAUAACAUCGAGGUACAGGCGUGCAGGGCGACAGAGAUGAACGACACGUACAAGAACUGCUCCACCAAGAGUAUGAGGACGUUCCGAACGUUGCGACUGGAAAGCGCGGACAACAUUCCUCCGAACAGCUUCAAGAUAAGCAUAUCCGGCGAGAACAACAGCCUCACCAUGGUCACGCUCCAGUGGGACGAGCCAUCGGAACCCAACGGUCUGAUCAUCACCUACCAGAUCGAGUACAAGAGGGUCGACAUACAGAACUAUAAACCGACCGUGGUGUGCACCACGAGGCUGGAUUUCGCGCAGGCGGGCAACAGGUACGUUCUCAAAGAGCUCCCCGCUGGUAACUACUCCGUCAAAGUCCGAGCGACCAGUCUAGCUGGAUACGGUGCCUAUACGAACGUCAAGUACUUCUACAUCGAGGAACGGUACACGAUCAUCACCUUUUGGGUAGUGUUCUGGUUGCUGUUUUGCGUAUUCAUCGCGAUCGCCAGCUUGAUCUCGUUCUACGUCUGCAAACGGAAGUUACUGAGGAACGCGCCGAACGUGUCUACGCUGAUCGCUACCGUGAACCCGGAGUACGUGAGCACGCCGUACGUACUGGACGAGUGGGAGGUGCCCAGGGAGAAGAUCGAAAUGCUCAGGUCGCUGGGAACCGGUACAUUCGGCAUGGUGUACGAAGGAAUAGCCAAGGACAUCGUGAAGGGCAAGCCGGAAGUACGAUGCGCGGUGAAAACGGUGAACAAGGACGCCACUGACCGGGAACGAAUCGAGUUCCUCAACGAGGCAUCCGUGAUGAAGGGUUUCGACGCUCACCACGUGGUCAAGCUCCUCGGCGUGGUGACUCGUGGUCAACCCACCUUGGUUAUCAUGGAAUUGAUGGUAAAUGGAGAUCUGAAGCGGUACCUGAGAAGCCACAGACCCGACACUUGCGAGAGCCUGACCAACGUGUCGCCAAAGUUGGACCGGAUACUUCAGAUGGCGAUCGAAAUCGCUGACGGGAUGGCGUAUCUCUCGACCAAGAAGUUUGUUCAUAGAGACCUGGCUGCUAGGAAUUGCAUGGUCGCGGAAGAUUUAACCGUGAAAGUGGGAGAUUUCGGAAUGACCAGGGACAUCUACGAGAGGGACUAUUAUCGGAAGGGUAGCAAGGGCCUGUUACCUGUCAGGUGGAUGGCUCCGGAGAGCCUGAAGGACGGCGUGUUCAGCAGCUAUUCCGACGUUUGGAGCUAUGGAGUGGUGUUGUGGGAAAUGGUGACCUUCGCAUCGCAGCCUUAUCAGGGUCUAUCGAACGAGCAGGUAUUACGGUACGUGAUCGACGGAGGAGUUAUGGAACGACCAGAAAAUUGCCCAGAGUUGUUGUACGAACUGAUGAAGCGUACCUGGAGGCACAAAGCAACGAGGAGACCUACGUUUAUGGACAUCGCGACCAUGUUGUUGAAGCACAUCGAUUCGGAGAGUUUCCAGGACGUGAGUUUUUAUCACAGUCUGGAGGGUGUAGAAGCCAGGAAUCAAAAUAGGUCCAACUCGCCGCAGAUUGACAAGCACCUGGAAUUGUCCUCCUUGCAAGAUCUGCAAGAGGAGGAAGCAGAGGGUGAAGAAGAUUCCCCGUUACGGCAGGAUUUCGGCGACUUUGCGCCUAGUUUCGAGCCUAGCAGUAUUAAAAACAGUUUCAGUCCCCGUUACAGGAUGGACUCUUACGGCGAGAACUCCAAGGCGACCUCAAACUGUCACGACAUGAACUCCUCGAACGUGCCGUUGAAGGCCGGAUUCGACGAUUUCGACGGCGUUUCCGCCGACUCGGUCGCCUCUGGCAAGGACGCGUUGAACCUACCGUUCGUCGAGGACAGUUUGAAGUCCGUGAAGAGUUCGCCCUUCAUAAACGCGAAAAGCGCCUCUAGAAGCAACCUGAGUCAGCUGUCGAUCAGCAACAAGUCAGGAAGUCCGAAGAACCCCAGUAAACGCAGUUUCCUCAGCAGUCCGAACUCGUCCAAGCUGGCGAAUCCGGACUACGAGAACGGUAGUCCGGAGAUCCUGGCGGUUGCCGAGAAGCGGGAAACGGUACCGCUGCGGGUCGACUUCCCGUCCAUAGACGCCAUCGAUAUCGACAACGGUAUGGAGAAGAAGGAAACGCUGUCGCCAGUGGAGUACGUGAACAAGCCGGAAACCUUGAACAACGGUUACAUCGGCAGCACGACCACGUAGUGUUAACGCGGUCGCACCCGGUACUCGUCGUUGCUAGGUCGUCACGACGACACGGGUGCGUUUGGAUCCACUCGCAGCGAUCCAAGAUGGCGUGCAUGGACUGGUGGAGUCAGUCUUUGAACGUGGCGCCUGCGAACGCUUUAUCACGGCAACGAGCGGUCCACCAGGGAGAUAUUAUUCCGGCUGAUGUGACACAGACCUAUUUUGCAACCGAACGAACGUUCGCAAGGGGCAGUGUCUGUGAAACAAUUAGGCGAGUUUCGCCGGACUCGCGAUCAAACGUUCCAAUAACCCCGUGACUCGUGCGUUCUUCACGCACUAGGAUA